UACGAUACUCUGAUGAAUCAAUGGAUGUUCCCAUCGCCGCCAACGUGCUCGGCACCCUCGGAGCCCUAAUCCCCCAAAUCGUCAUAAACUACCGUCGUCACAAUGCCACCGGUCUUCAGCCUUCAAUGAUGAUGUUCUGGGCAUGGGCAGGCGUGCCUCUGGGCGUCUACAAUAUAACCUCUUCCUUCAAUCUCGCCCUGCAGAUCCAGCCCCAAAUCCUUGCGUUUCUGUCUUUGUGUACGUGGAUUCAAGUCUACUAUUAUGAGAAAAAGUGGUCUGUCUUUCGCAGUCUUUGCGUUGUGGUACCUAUUGCAAUCUGCAUGGCGGGCAUUGAGCUCGGAUUAGUAUCUGCAAUCAGAGAGGGAAACGAAAGGGGACUCCAGUGGCCCGCAACGCUUAUGGCGGUGCUUGCUGCGAUAUUUCUUGCUUGUGGUGUGGGUGCGCACUAUUGGGACAUCUACACCCAUUGCACCGUCAGAGGCAUUUCAUUUACCUUUUGCUUCAUCGAUGCCCUUGGAGACUUGACCUCUCUCAUCUCGGUGUUUUUCCAACCUCAUCUGGAUAUCUUGGGCAUAGUCGUCUAUGGCACUGAAUUGGUGCUCUGGCUAGGCAUCUUUGCUUGUGGUGGAUACUAUAACCUGAGACCUUGGAUCAAGCAGAGGAGAUCAUGGGCACAGAGGGAACAUGAAGUUGAUGGCGGACAAGAUGUAGCGAACGGCAUUUCUCUGCACAAUAUGCCAUCUCCCACUUCUGCAUUCAGCACUUCUUCCACCAACGUUAAUGCAGUUGGGUUGCGGGAUAGACAGACUGGUACAGUAUCGCAAGCA